AUCAACCUCGAACUCUCUACCAUAUCACCAGCCAUCAGUUGUCCCAUUCCUUCUUCCCCUUUCCUCAUCUCGACUCGUCCAACUGCUUUGCCCACCAUGCAGCGCGCUCUCUCCUCCGCAGCGCGAUCCUCCUUGUCCUCUUCUUCUCCAUACUCCAGAUCAGCCGGUCGAAGUCUACAACAACUGCGCUUUGCUCAUAAGGAGCUCAAGUUCGGAGUAGAGGGACGAGCCCAGCUGCUCAAGGGUGUUGAGACUCUAUCGAAGGCUGUUGCAACAACGCUUGGUCCUAAAGGCCGCAAUGUCCUCAUUGAGUCGAGCUACGGCUCGCCCAAGAUAACCAAAGAUGGUGUCACGGUCGCCAAAGCUGUCACGCUCCAAGACAAGUUCGAGAAUCUCGGAGCCCGCCUCAUCCAAGAUGUCGCCUCAAAGACGAACGAAGUCGCCGGUGAUGGCACCACCACCGCCACCGUGCUCGCAAGCGCCAUUUUCUCUGAAACCGUCAAGAACGUCGCUGCCGGGUGCAAUCCUAUGGACUUGAGAAGAGGUACACAGGCUGCUGUUGACGCAGUUGUCGACUUCCUGCAGAAGAACAAGAAGGACAUUACCACCAGUGCCGAAAUCGCCCAGGUCGCGACCAUCUCUGCCAACGGUGAUACACAUGUCGGUAACCUCAUCUCGAACGCCAUGGAAAAGGUCGGCAAAGAGGGAGUUAUUACGGUCAAGGAAGGCAAAACAAUUGAGGACGAGCUCGAGGUUACUGAGGGCAUGCGCUUCGACCGCGGCUUUACCUCCCCCUACUUUAUCACCGACACGAAGUCACAAAAGAUCGAGUUUGAGAAGCCCUUGAUCCUCCUUUCCGAGAAGAAGAUCUCUGCCGUGCAAGACAUUAUCCCCGCCCUCGAGGCGUCUACGCAAAUGCGCCGACCUCUUGUGAUCAUUGCUGAGGAUAUUGAUGGCGAAGCAUUGGCUGUCUGCAUUCUCAACAAGCUUCGAGGCCAACUUCAAGUUGCGGCAGUCAAGGCCCCCGGUUUCGGCGACAACCGCAAGAGCAUCCUUGGUGAUAUUGGUAUCCUGACCAACGCUACCGUCUUCACGGACGAACUGGAUAUCAAACUGGAAAAGGCCACCCCUGACAUGCUGGGCUCGACCGGCAGCAUCACCAUCACCAAGGAAGAUACCAUCAUCCUGAACGGCGAAGGUAGCAAAGAUGCCAUCGCCCAGCGAUGCGAGCAGAUCCGUGGCGUCAUGGCUGAUCCCUCGACCUCAGAGUACGAGAAAGAGAAGCUUCAAGAGCGUCUUGCUAAACUGUCUGGCGGUGUCGCCGUCAUCAAAGUCGGAGGAGCUUCUGAGGUCGAGGUGGGCGAGAAGAAGGAUCGCGUCGUUGACGCUCUGAACGCUACUCGCGCUGCCGUCGAAGAGGGUAUUUUGCCCGGUGGUGGUACUGCUUUGAUUAAGGCUGCUGCAAAUGCCCUCGGUGGUGUUCAGCCUUCCAACUUCGACCAACAACUUGGUGUCAGCAUCAUCAAGAACGCUAUCACGCGACCUGCUCGGAGAAUUGUUGAGAAUGCUGGUCUGGAAGGCAGCGUCGUCGUCGGCAAGCUCAUGGAUGAAUUCGGUUCUGACUUCAACAAGGGCUUUGACUCCGCCAACGGACAAUAUGUUGACAUGCUGAGCAAGGGCAUUGUCGAUCCCCUCAAGGUCGUGCGCACUGCACUCGUUGAUGCCUCUGGUGUCGCGUCUCUCCUGGGUACCACCGAAGUUGCGAUUGUGGAGGCUGCAGAGGAGAAGCCUGCAAUGCCUAUGGGCGGCGGUAUGGGCGGCAUGGGAGGAAUGGGCGGAUUCUAAGCAACAUAUCCUGAGUCGGAUGGGGAGAGCUAUGUCCAGCCCUCCCCACUCUUGCGCCUGACACUUGCAAUUCUUCCUGCGUUCCAGCGACUUCCAUUCGCACCUUUGGUAUAGCAGCAAUCCGCAGCAUGACGCCCUCGGAGCCUCCUACCACCCGCCUCUCACAACCGCUCCCUUCCUCGAGAAUCUCUUGACCUACAUGGAAGGAGAUUUGUUCAAUCGGAAAAACGGUUGGUUUACCUCUUUGUACAUUUUACGAAUCUUGUUACAUUACACUCCACUCAAGUUCGAAAUCUUGUCUAUCCUACACAUCAGAUCUUUGCUCCAGGGAGGGCAUCAGGCCUAGAAAAAAAGAUGGAAUUGCUGCACUGCAGAGAUGCUGGCGAGAGGGGUUGGUCGCUGAUGGGCAUGGAGAUGACAUGUAGAUCGAGUACCAGGGCGAUGCACCAGCUACAGUGGUCUGGCAUUGUAUCAUAGUUGUGGUUGUAGCCGUCCAGCUGUGCAGAAGAUAUCAGUGUAAUAAAACUCAAAAGUAAUCAAAGCAAACAAGCUACUUGGUCCAAACUGUGAAUUCCUCCCUAAGAAUGGACAUUGGACAAUGGCAAGGCUGCGACUGAGCAAGG